GUGAAUGUUAGUAAAGCAAUCUAAAAUGAAGACAUUUUAUUUAUUGUUUACUUCUGUCAGUAGCGGCAUCCCUUCUAGCCACAAACGUCAUGACGUUCGCUCCUGUGGUCACGUGAUGGUAAACAUGGCCGCGCGCAGUUGAAAGUCAUGCGAUAGCUCUUGAAUAUCGUUACUUAUUUACAUCUCUUUAAAUUAAAAUUCAUUUGCAGUUAUAUAGACGUUUAUCUUGUUAUAUACUGCCACCGAUAUUGUUAUGGACCCCACCGGACAACUACGAAAUUUGCGGGACUUCCUUCUCGUUUACAAUCGCAUGACGGAUAUCUGCUUCCAGCGAUGCACAAGCAAUUUCAACUACAGAAAUCUGACAAUGGAUGAGGAGCGAUGUGUGGACAGUUGUGCUGGCAAGUUAAUAAGGACCAAUCACCGUUUAAUGGGCACCUAUGUGCAGUUGAUGCCCGCGAUGGUUCAGAAAAGGAUGCAGGAGAUGGAGAGCAAGGCUGCAGAAAUGGCUAAAGCUGAAGCUGCAGCACAAGAGAGUUCAUCAGCAUUAGAAAACCCAUCUACUGCCAUUCCAGCCACAACAACGAUGCUUGAGAGCACACAGAUACCUUCAACUCCUAAUAAUCCAUCAGAUAACAGGUCCUCAUUAGUGACUGAUGUCUCAGCUUUUGGACAAACACAGUCAUUGUUAGAUGUGCACACAGUCCCAAACAACACACAAACCUUUACAAAUGAGUCUUUAGAAGGACUAGUAGUGCCAUCGCCAGUGAUCUCAACAUCUGGAGAUCCCGUCUUGAGUGCAGUAGAAAAACUAAAUCUGAAGCCCAGCAGUGUAACCACCACAUUAGUUCCUGAAGCACAGUCUGAAAGGGGAGCAGGACAGAGCCCCCAAAAUCCAUCUUGAUGGCGAUGUGCAGAAAAGAGACAUGGACAAGAACAUUUGUCUACAAGGUUUUGUUUAUGCUGCAUAUUUCGUCUUAACACCCCAAAGUCACUUAAGACUUUUACGACGGUUGAACAUGGAAUGGGUUUCAUAAAUACUUAAAUAUCUCUAUUAAAACAUUAAAUAACUAA